ACAAGCACUGUGCCAAGUAAGUGCUGUGAAUUUGGUUUUGACUCCGCUGUAACCUCCCUGAAUGUUUCCUUUUGCGUCAGACCUAAGGGAGCAGUCACAACCUGCCCUGCUAGGACAACUUUUUUUUUUCACACAAUGCAAUGUGCACCCAACACGGGCAUAAAUUUAACUCCAAAUUGAAAAUUGUCAAUAAGUCAACAUCUACACUAGCCUCAGAGACCCUGUCUGGUGAGGGGACCACAGAUGCCUCCAGGGUAGACUGCUCAUCUGGUAUCGACGGUCUUGAUACCCCCAUCAGUUUUUUUCUCCAUUACUUUUGCAAUAUUUAUCCACCUGCCAACAUUUAACUUUCCUUCCUGAUGGACGUUUUCCUACAUUUAGCCUGUUCUUGAAAAAAAAAAAGGUGGCCAUUCAGAUUCUUCAAACUACUGUCCCAUUGCUUUAAUUUUUUCUUAAGAAGUGCUAUUCCUUGGGGCUUUGUCUUGUCACCCGCUCUCGUUCUACCAUUCAUCAGUGUUCUUCAAAGCCAAAGUUUUAAUCCUGUCCUCUUCUACGCUGAUGAUAGCUACAUCUUUCCAUGGAGUUAAUUGUAAAUAGAUGAGGCACCAUAAUUUAACUGUUUUAUCUGUUGCACCAUUGAAUUAAAUCAACUUGAAAACUUGCAGUUUAGGUCUCUAGAAAUAGACAAUGGUUAAAGCUUUUGUGGAAUUGCAAUUUUGCAUUCUCUCGAGGAUUUCACGCCCCCGAGACUCCUGCCAAUAAUAAGUUAUACCUGAGUGACAAGAGAACCUGCCCUUUCUUACUUCAAUCUAAGUUAUUUGCGAGGCAAGACUCACAGUUCCUAUUCCCCAAUGAUUGCAUGCGUGAGAAUAAGUUUCUAAUCAGUGAGUGUUGGCAGGCACGAGAUCGCAGGAACUAUAUGUGCCUUAAUAUCUGAAUAAACAGUAAUAGAAGGCAUUUAGCAUCUUUCUCCAAAGCGAUCAAUAGCGCAGGGUAAGGUGCCAGCUAGCUUUAUAGUUCAACAAUAUACAGAGAAACCAUGAGGCACUGCUUCACUAUUCUGUUUAAAUUCUUGAAAGUUAACAAUAUACCAGGAUGUAUUUAAUUUGCCAGUUUUGACAUUGGGGGAAAUGUACAUCCAUCAGGAUCUUAUUUCCCAUUAUGGAAGAUUGUCCUAAUGGCGAUUCUCUCUGUCUUUGAAAGUUAACACACUGUGGACACUCAUAUAAGUAAAUAUAAUAGAAUACUCCGUGACAACUGUGUAUUAAGAAUAUACUACAGACUCAGGGGAGCAUGUCUACGGCGGGAAACACAAAAAUGGACCCUGUCUGCUCGAGGGGUGUGCGCAGUAAAGCCUGGGGUCAAGAUGUGAUAGGCUGACAUUUCUAGUCGUGGUCGAGCUGUUGUGGUGGGAAGGUGUUUAGCUCUCCGUGUUGCCGAGCGUGGUAGUGGUGGCGGGAGGGUGUGUGUUAUUUCCUCGUUAUGGCAGCUCUCCCUAGCGACCUACAGGUGGGGCAGUGAGCUGGACGCUGAGCGGGCUACCCCCAGGAUGCCAGGGCUCCCCACGCCCACGCCUAACACCUCUCCGGCACGCCCGCGCCGCCACCCUCUUUCGCGCCGCCAUGCCAGCGCCGCCCAGCCCGUGGUGUAGACGCGCGCGGCCGCCCGCCUCGCCGGCACGGGGCGUCGGGUAGAUCCACUGUGGCUCCCGAAUUCGCGUGUGUGUGGCGAGUGACUGAGUGACACGGUGAGAGGCAGAGGCGUGACGGAGCGGCCCGGCCAGCACGGGAGGGCGGCGCCCACCAGCUGGGGGCGUGAUGGCCGACGUGAGGUGGGGAGGGACGCAGCCUGCCAUUUAGGAGUCAUGCAGCAGGCGGGCGGCGGGGGCGCGCACACCCCUGACGGGGCGAUGCAGCACCUGGAGCAGCUGGAGCAGUUCAUCAAGACGGUGGAGGCGCGCCGGGCCGCCAGCUGCGAUUUGAGCGACGGCUCGCCCACGCACGCCUCCCCCACCCUCUCACGCCCACCUCUGUUCCCAGCCGCAACGCGAACUUCUGGCGCGAGGUGUCCCCACAGCUCUCCUACAUUGACGGCGGCAGCUCCUGCGGCGCCUCCUGCGGGCGCAGCGUGUCGUGGAACCUCUCCGACCUGCCGGGCAACGAGUGCGGCCCACGCGCCCAGUACUCCGAACAUCGCGCCUCCUCGGACUCCCUCAAGCUGCACCAGAAUGGCACCCCGCCCCUCCCGCCCCUCACGCCCAUCACUAAGUCUGCCUCGGACACGCUGUGCUCGCCCUCCCACCAACCCGUCGCCCACUCCGUAGUGGAGGUAGAGAAGGGCGACAUCAAGACUAAGAUUCAGAAGAGGCUCAGCUUCGGCGACACUCUUGACCUGCACACCAACAUCUACACGCCCGCCGAAGAGUGCAUGGGCACCAGCCUGGAGCUAGCGGGCGCCGAGGGCACCGCCAACGGCUCCUCCACGUCCCUCGAGCGGCGGUGGACCGAGGAAGAUGCCACGGGUGGACCGCCCUUGGUGCGCCGCAAUUCUGUGGACGCGCAGAGCCAGUACUCCUUCUACAUGGACCGCGACCUGCGCUACUACUUCCAGCACCCGUGGCUCAGGCUCAUCAUCGCCUACCUCGUCAUCUUCUGCAACUUCCUGUUGUUCGCUGAGGAUCCCGUGUCACACUCCCACGCAGAAUCAAACAUUCCAGUGGUUGGCAACGUGUUCAGCUUCGUGUCGACCAAGUAUCCGGACGAGUGGUUUUGGAGGAUGGUCAAAGUCAUCAUGUGGCUGAUAGCAAUACUCUGCGGGAUGUUGGUGGGGAAGGUGCUGAUCCACGGCCUGAUUUUCAAGCGAAUCCUGCGACUCAAGAUGUUCCGAGAUGAGCAGGGCUCCUGGAUGACAAUGUUCCUGACGGUGAUCGUGUCGCUGUACAUGUUCUCCUACGUGUACAACCUGAUCCUCUUCCUGGGCCACGAGAAGUACUGCAGGUGGCAAAUCGGCUCCGACAUGGACGUGACCAACGAGAGCAUGAUGAAGGCCGCGGCGACCUGCACGUGGCUGGGAGACCUUGUGACUGCCCUCAUGGUCACGGAUAUGAUGCUGCAGGACAACUUGUAUCCGAACUGGGCGCCUGAGUUCCGUUCGCUCUACCGGAUUUCAAACAUUCCACGAAUCUUGAUCUUUUGGUGCGGGUACAUUGUAGUGGCGAUAGUGGUCAUCUUCCUUAUCGUUUCUGACUACAUUUCCUGGGACGAGCUUAACAAGGGCUUCGUGGAAACUACGGAAUUUUCACGCGCAUUCCUGGCAUCCUUCAUCCUCGUCAUGGACCUGCUGAUUGUCAUGCAGGAUUGGGACUUCCCACAUUUCACCUCCACUAUUGACGUCAACCUCCCAGGCUUCUCCACUUACAUCCUCCGCUGGAAGUAUGCUAAGAUAUCUGUCACUGGCAAAUGGUUCAACUACGGCAUCAUCUUUAUGGUCAUGAUUCUGGACCUCAACAUGUGGAAAAACCAGAUCUUCUACAGCCCUGGUCCCUAUGGGCAGUAUAUAGAUCCCAACAGCAGCAGAGUGUUCACAGUAGAGGACUCUGUGUUCAUCAGUGAGGGAAACGAAAGUAUGUGGACUUGGAAGGCACGCUCAGAGAUUGACAACGCAACAGGUCGGCCAUACUUGGAAGCGGACAUGGUCAUGAACUCUCGCUACAUGGACUACAGCCUCUCAGUGAAGUGCACCGCCUUCAUCCCCAACAUAAUGGGCUUCAUCAUGCUCUUUACUCUGGUCUUCCUGUAUGGCCGCUUCCCACCCAACCAGGACGGAACAUAUGGAGGGCGGCUGAAGAAGAAGAAACGUUCAUCGUGGAGACGGGAGAGGAAGUCAGCGUCAGAGCACUACUAUAGAGACCUGCCUUCAGGUAACCCCAGCGCUGAGAGGAGGGUCAUCAAGCUCAAGAAGGCACUUAAGAUCGCCAAGACCACAAACCUAUAGCCUUGGUUGAGUCUCUGUUUCAAGGGGACCAACUUUGGCUUCUCAGGCAGAGCUAUAUAUGAGCUUAGGUUGUGCUAGUGGCUGCAUUUAACCAGAUGAGUGUAAGUAAUGCACUAGUGUAUCUGUUGUGAGUUUAUAUUUUGUAAGUUUCACAUGAUGUCUUAUGUGAUUGUGGUUGAUUUUUUCUUUGUUUAUAUAUUAUGAAGAUUUAAUUUGUAUUGUGUAUUUAUUUAUCAAUUAGAUGUAUGUAUAAGUUGGAGUCAGUCUUUCUAAUUUUCUUUGAUACUGAUUAAAGUAUCUUAUUAAUUUGAUUUAUUUCAUACUUACUAUGAGACAUUUUCACAAGUACUGGUUUUCUUCUCACAUUCUCACUGUCUUCCGUUUCAUGAGGUUGAAUUCAGAAUCAGUGUUGAGACAUGAGUGUGUGGCUGAGCUGAGAGCAGACAUGGAUGGUCUGGUGACAGGUGGCAGUGACAAGCAUUUCAGUUGGCAGUGGAUGCAUUGACAGGCAUGUGUAUAUCUAUGACAGGACAUUUGAAAACUGUUCAUAGGAGUUUUGUAGCACUAUUUAGAUCCUUAAUAAUAAUAUCAGUAACACAUUUUCAUGUAAAUGGAGGCUUGUUUAGUGCCAUGCAGUCAUUUUUCAAUUCCUCAUGAAAGAAACAAGGAAAUGUAAACUCACUGGUUGAUUUUUUAAGUGUUUUGUAUUUAAAUGAUGUUGAUAUUGACAUAAUAUAGUACAGUAUACUUGUAUACAUUUAUCAUUAGAUAUACUUAUAAUGUAUCCAACAUAAGUUAGAGUAAAGUAAUUGUUUGUGUUGGUAUAUCCUAAUAUUGUAUCAGCCUCACUUGCCAUGGUAGUUUGGAGAUUAAAUCAGAAAGGUAUUGAAUUAGAUAUAGUAGUGAAAAAACAUAUAAAAGGGACUGAGAUUUUGAGUUACUGAUAUAAUAUAUUUAAUUAUUAGUGAAGAAUGAUCUUACCAUUACAAUGGAAGACAUAUAUGGUGCAGUGGUCUAGAUACAUGAUUGUCUUUUAUAUAACAGUGCUAACCAUUGUAGUUUUGUGUCAGGCACUGCACAUCUGUGAUAAUGCAGGUAUUUUCUUCAUUCCUUCAUGAGGUGUGAUGUGGGCAGCCACACAUCACACAUUGAUGGCUAGUGUUGCCUGUGAAAAUUGUGAAAAUUUGACAUUGUUUUUAUUAAUGUGGUGAGCAGUUGGGGCACCUUCCCUGUGCAUUAUGUGAUUAAUCAAAACAUAGCAUUAUGUAUUACUGAAUGAUGUACGAUAUGGAACAUUUCCAGAUUUAAUCUGUCUUCUGUUGUACUGCAGAGUACUUUACAUCUUAUUUAUUCUUUUUAUCCUUAUCAUCUCACUGACUCACAUGGAAACAGUUCAUCUCCAGUGUGGUCUGUGUGGGGCAUGUUUGUCUGUCCUGCUGUUUAUCACCCUGUCACUCACCUCCUCCUGUGUUCUGCUGCUCACAGUUGUGUCUACCCAACAGCAAAAGACAACACUUGAAGGCUGCAAGCUGUGUUCAUCCUGCCAUUGUGCUCUUUGAAGCUGGAGGCUCACAGAUAAACAAACACUCGAGUGGAAAGCUCUCAUCUGACUAUUUCUUGAUAAAAAAAAGGAAUGUACUGAAAAAAAAGUCAUACAAGGGUGAGGAAGGGCGAGAGUUGCAGAGGGUUUUGGCAGUUUAAUGAAAUAAGAAGUUGAGAGUGCAUAAUGAUAUCAGAUCAGCCUGAAAACAAAUACAGGUACUUUUAUAUUGAAUAAACCUUUCACCUCACUGUCCAACAAUAUCAGAUUUAUUAAUUUAUUGUGAAAAUAUAGUUGCAUUCAGUUGCUUACAGUGCAACUGCUGCUGUUAUUAUACUGUCCAUAUAAUAAGAAACUAUGGUAUUGAUUGAAAAAGAAUUUCAGUCCUGGACUUUAGAGUUGCAAAUCAGUGCUCUAUUCAUUCAGCUGAGGGUGGUAUCACCAAUGGCUGUUUGGCAAAUGGCCUUAUGUAUAAUAAAGUCACUAUACAGUGUUUUCUUCAAGAAGAAUGCUUAUGUAUCAAAUGUAAGGAAGGAAAGCACAGUGAUAUCCUAAGAAUAUUCACUUAUUAGGUAUUGUUAAGAAGAGUAAUUUUUUAUCACCUAGUUUGUAGAAAUGCUAAAAAUAUGUAACAUCAGUAAAGGCAUUCAAACACAAAGUUAAAAUAAUCAUUUAUAGAAUUAGUAUUAUACUUAUUCAUAUAGAAAAGAGAGAACGAGAGAGAGAGAAAGAGAGAGAGAGAGAGAGAGAGAGAGAGCGCGCGCGCGAGAGCAAGAGUACCAAGGUGCCUAAUAGAAUAAAUUAAUGCUGGCGAGCCAAUACAGUAGGAGCCUCGCUGGGUCAUAGGAGACCCCUGCCCUUGCUGAGAAGUGGGGCCAUUUGGGCACAGUUCUUUUGACUUCACUUUACUGUGAAUUCUAUCGUAUCAGAAAUGAUGAAUCUACAUUCUGGUUUAUUUAUUCGUUAAUUUAUAAGAUAGUUUUCAUUUAUAUUAUGAAGAGGCAUGAAAGUCAAUUAGUGUCAUGCCUUAAGACAUAUAGUGCCCAAUGACCUAGAUUAGUUUUACAAAUCUAGACUGCUAAAGUCGGAUCAUAAAGAUGGUGUUGUAGCAAAAAAAUCCAGUGGAUGCAGUAGUUAAGAACUAUUUUCAUAAGAUUUUUCACAAUUUUGCAUGUUUCUCAUAAGUAUAGUCUUAAAGACUGAAGUUUCCAUUAUUGUGUGAAAUACUAUACCUCUGUGGCAUUGUAAGAGUCUUUGGAGAUCCUUGUGGGUUAGCUGUUCCCAGGAGAGGAAGCAUAUCCCUUUGAGGUAAUUCCCUUCUCAGUUGAUAGUCACCUGUCAUCACCAGUUCUUCUUCCUUACCUAUGAGUAUGUGUCCCUAAAGCUUAUGACUUUUCACACACAUUCUUCAGAGAUCACAGAGGAACUCAUACUUAUGUUAAAAAAAAAUCAUUAUUAUCUUCCAUAUUGUGUAUAAUUUAAAUUUGACAUAUGUUUACCUUAGACUUACUUUUUGGUAAUUUUAUAUAGUGUAUUUAAUUUACACACAGGUAAUCUAUAGUAUCUUAGUGUAUUACCAGUAAAAAAAAUUAAACAAUGUAUAGAACACUAAGGAAGCUGGGUCUAAAAGUCAGUGCAAUCAUCUACUUGGUUUGGAGUAAGACAGAUAUUUAUUUUGAAUUGUAUCAGUAAACAUUGCUUGGCACAUGGUGCUUAACGUGUCCUGAGGUGUGCCAUGAUACAUUCAGUGCCCGUAAUGACUUACUUUGACUUCACACCCGUCUGGCUGUGGCCACAUCAGAUCCUCCUGGUGGACCCGUAUUCCCUUCACACUUCUGUUACCUCUUACAUUCUGAACUAGUCAUGUAACUCAUUAUUCUUUUGUGAGGUUCAAAUAGUUAUACAUACAUACAUACAUCAAGCAUAAAAACUAUGAGCCAAUCCAGAAACCUUGAGUAAUAAGGCUACAGCAGCCAUCAUAAAAUGGUCUGCAGUAUCAGCUUUAUUUGUCUUGUUGUUGCUGCUGCUUUAGAGGAUCAUGUUUUAUGUGUUGAAGCCCCACCUCCCUUCCAGUUUCCCAGGCCCUGCCCUCUCAGUAUCUUUAGAAGGGGAAGAGGCUAAGGUAAUGAAUUCAUUAACUGGACUGAUGGCAUAAUUAUAAUCCACUCAUUGUUCCUGAGGAAUCAUAAUGAUGUGUGAUGUGUUCAUUGAUAUAACAGCAUUGUCAGCACAUAAAUCCAGUAUUUCCUCUGUUGAAUUACUUGAAGCUCAUCAAUACAAGAUUUUCUUGUUACCUACUGUUUACAGCACUUUUGCUAUUUCUUCCUGUAAGUUUUCCAUAAUCUGAUAAUUCUGUAGGAAAGCAAAGAGCAUCCAGCAGGCUAAGUAAUACAGUGCUUGAUAUACAAACAGUAUGAAUGAUUUUUAAGAGUGUUAAGAAAAUAUGUGAAUGUAUAAAUUCUAAAUUUUCAUUAAAUAAUUUAAAGUUCAGUAUGGUGCUCACUAUUUAUCUUUUCAUUAUACCUUAAAAGCAUAACUGAAAUGUGAACACUUAUGCUAAGUCUUCAUAUUGACUAGUAGCAUGUCCUAUCGAAAAAUCAAAGCCAGCCUUCAUAUAUCUGAUGAUGCAUUGUGUGUGUGCAAUGUCUCUUUAGCCUCUUUUUCCUCUAGUGGUGCAAGGUCCUGCUGGGAUCCGGGUGGCAAUGAAUUACUGCUGCUUUCCUCUAUUAAGUGGUGGGCCUCAGCUACCUGUGCUCUUGUUGUCUCCCGUCAUGCCCUGCCUUGCCCAUACAUGUGUGUAUGCUUGGAAAGGUUCUAUCCAAAUUUGCUUUUCCACAAUAUUUUUUUGCCAAUAUUCAACACAGGUGGAGGAAGCUGCUGACACUGAAGUGAUAAGCUCAGUGAGUUUCCUUGUGUUCAAAGGUAAAUGUAAUUGGAAAAUUGAUGUGUAUUUUUACUGUUGGACAAUUUGGUACAGAUUCUAUUUUCAUAAAAUAUUAUCACAAUUGUACAUUUUACUUGCAUAGCUGCAAUAUGUGAGUAUUCAUCAAGCACUGAAAAUUCUGUUAUCUUCAGUAUUUAAAUACCUUCAUUUGUAAAUUUAAAAUAUACGUAUAUAUUGCCUUUAUUAUGUCAUUGAUAAGAUUACUGGCAGUCUUGUAUUAUAUGAUUAAGCUAUAAAAGCUAAACUUCUAAGAUGACAAAAAAAGCUCCACUAACAACAGUGUGACUUGUCUUGGAUGCAAAUCAGCCUUUUAUGGAUGAAUUGUUUAUAUGAGAUAUAGAAAUUUAUAUUUUACUCUAGAAUAAAAGAGUUGCAGUUGCUGUAACAGUAAGUUGGAUUUCUCCACUUGUGUGAGAGUCCCCCAUUCACUGUAAAGGUGAGAAGAGCCUUAUAAGUGUUUGUAAUGACUCAUUAAUACUUAUGUUCCUUUGCCUGUUUGCCAGAACCUCAACACCACCUUAUUACUCCUGUAGCUUAUAUUUAGGCCUUGUGGGAAUUGCAUUAUAUAAUAGUGACUUAGUAAGGCUCUGCUUCCUAUGUUGAGACUAAGGAACCCAUAUGAAGUUUACUCCAAAGUCAUGUCCUCAUCAUGUAUUUUACUCUUAAGUGUCAUGUGGUCAGUUAAUGAAAAUACAUGUAGGGUAAAGUGUUUUCCCAGUGUAAAUGUAUGAUUACCAUAAUUUGCAUUCAUCAUUUUACUUUUUUCAUGUACUCCCUGGGCCUUGCUACUUUUAGCAUGACUUAAGUUUGAGGUAUAGCAUUGGGUUUAUGUUUCAAUAUAUGUAUCUUUCCCAAUCUGUGCUCUUCGUAUGUAUUUAAUUUCAAAUUUGUAUUUUUAUACAUUAGCGUUACCUAAUUAAGACAUUUGAAUAUUAUGUGUAGUAUGUUUAUUAUGAAAGCACUCAUAGAAUAGCCCAUAUAUGUCACAUCAAGUAAUUAUGGCCUUUAUUGUAAGCUGCCUGUCAGCUGUGCUCACAGCUCAGCAGCCUCAGUCUACACCAGUCGGCCCCAUCACACAAUAUUUUUACAUGAUUAAUAAACAUUUAAUUUGUGAAACUUUUUCCUGGCAUGGCUGUAAUAUGGACACGUUGAGGUUGUGCUUCACCACUGAAAGGCAAAUGGCAGCACAUUCUUUUAAACCUUGAAAAUUAUUGAACUUGCAUAAUUCAUUUCACAAUAUGUAUGUACUAUACUAUACAGACUUCUAUUCUUUCCAUUUUCUUUCUUAAGUUUUGUCUAAAGAUGACAGUUCCAGUCAAAUAUACUUACACUGCCAACUGAUGCUGCCCAGACCCAAACUGUAUGACAGCAGCAAGGAGCAAGUGUGCCAAGUAUUCAUUGGGACAGCAGACUAGCAAAAGUGGUCACUGAGCUGGACUUUAUCCCUGAUGGUGUGCUGCUACAUGUACCGAGCCAGGACAAGGUACCAUGCACAGAGAACAUACACAAACACACACACACACACACACACAUGCGCACUCAUGCACGCAUGCACGCACGCACGCAUGCACACACACACACACACACACACACACACACACACACACACACACACACACACACACACACACACACACACACACACACACACACACACACACACACACACACACACACACACACACACAUAAUCAUAAAUUGAAGAUUGUAUGUAUGUAUGCAUAGUGAGAGUAUAUUUUCUAAGGUAUCAUAGUAGGUUUUUGAUGCAAAUACAGUGGUAAUACUGCAUUUAUUUUAUAUGAAAGGAAAUUCAGUCACAAAAUGUAAACUACUACAAAAGGGCCAUAAUUAACUACAAGAACAUAACGAUAAUUUCUUUUUAGUAUAGCUUGUACGUAGCAUUUUUACUGUCCUUUGUCUUGCUGUUGUGCCCACCCUUGUGUACACCAGAGUCAAUAUAUUUUGUGGAGGAAA